GAUAAGAUAAGACUGACAUACUGUUCUGGACAGCUAGACAUGUAUAACUCAGCUUUUAUUUUAGUGUUGCUGUUUUUCAGUGUCCGAGGUGACAUCUACCAGGUAUGCUCCCGCCGCCAGUGGGAGGGAAUCCAAUAUGUUGUCACGGGGACAGUGGAGGCAGGGGUACCUACCAUGAUCCAGAGUACGAUCCAGUUCUCGUUUGACGCCAACAACAGUAGGAUAGCUGCCUCUACAUCCGGGUUCCAGGACGGUCAUCAGUUCCAGAGGGACUUCCUGUUCCUGUAUGAGCAGAAAACCGUUUAUGUGAUAGAAGAUGGAAACUGCCACGCCGAACAUCUGGUCAAUGAUUUUCCACCGCACUGCCUUCCACGCAACUUCACCUGGGAGUGGGCGAGAACAUGGUACGGCUUCGAGCUGCCGGACGACGAGCUGAUUAUCUUCGGCUACACCGGCGACGUGGGCGACCUCCACUACAAGGUCCAGAUGUCGGGUGAACUGAUGACGCCCGCCUUGCAGCAGAUCUUUGGCAACUACAACAACGAACCAUUCUUUCAAACAUCUGAAGUCGUCAACACGACCCGGGGUAUCAAGAACCCGGAUGUGUUCACGCUGCCAUCUUCCUGCGAGUCAGCAAAAGUAGAGGGAACCUAUGAAACCCCUAAGUACCUCCUGGGUGCCACCUUCCCCCGAGACCCCUCCGUGUGACGCUCUACACCUGGCUGACAGACAAGUUCCAUGGGUGAUCCAUGCAGAUAUGACAAUAAAGGAUAUUUCUAAAA